AACCUUCAAACGCUUUGCACUAUAUAAGCAAAAUAAUUUCAGGGCCAUUGGAGUCAAACACGCUCUCUCCCUUCUUCAAUCUUCAAACAACUCUCGCCUUCAGCAACUCAGAAAAAUGGUUCUAGGCGGUGGAGCAGCUCCCCCAAGAGGAAGUGCCGCAGCUACUGCAAGCAUGCGCCGAAGGAGGACGACGAGUGGUGGCGGUGGUGCUUCUGGAGGUGCAGCCGGGACAAUGCUCCAGUUCUACACUGACGAUGCCCCAGGACUCAAGAUCUCCCCGAAUGUUGUUCUCAUCAUGAGCAUUGGUUUCAUUGCCUUUGUUGCUGUUCUUCAUGUCAUGGGAAAGCUCUACUUUGUGCGCUCUGCUUAGAGAGGUUCUGUGUACUGAACAUAGGAAACAAAGUUCAAUAUGGUGUGUUUUUUUAUAUGGAUCGUGAAAUAAUAAAUAGUCUAGUUAUGGGAAAAAAAAAUGACAGUUUUAUCAAUUUACUUUGUACUAAUUGAAUGUUUGAAACAGUUAUAGCUGUUUCAGGUUGAGUUUAGUAGAAUCAGAGGCUGCUUUUUUGGUACUGAAA